AUGGCAACUACCGAAGAAAUUAAACAAGAAUUAAAAAAUGCGAAAAAGUUGAGAACUUCGGGAAAGGGGGGAAGUUCUAAAACAGAAAUCCGAAGUAAUAUUGACAGAAGCGCAUCAGAUCGCGUUAAAAGAAUACAACAUAUUGCAUCAACUUUUGUCUUACAACAAAAUUGGGUUGAAGAGUUGGAUAAUGAUCCACUUCAAGAACAGUUACCUGAAAUGAUUAGUGGUGUCUUCUCUGAAAAUGUGGAAGAACAAUUGCAAGCAACUACAAAAUUUAGAAAAUUGCUUUCGAAAGAAAGAAAUCCUCCAAUAGAACAAGUCAUUGAAUGUGGCGUGGUUGCUCGUUUUGUCGAUUUCUUAAGGUCUCCUCAUUCUCUUGUACAAUUUGAGGCUGCAUGGGCUUUAACCAAUAUUGCAUCAGGAUCUUCCGAACAAACUCAAGUAGUAAUUGAUUCUGGAGCUGUACCAAUCUUUGUUGAAUUAUUAAGUAGCAAUGUAGCUGAUGUUAAGGAACAGGCUGUUUGGGCUUUAGGUAAUAUUGCAGGAGAUAGUCCACCUUGCCGUGAUAUUGUAUUAAAAGAAGGUGCCCUUCGACCUUUACUUUCUAUAUUGAAUGAAAAUAAUAAAAUAUCAAUGAUGAGAAAUGCAACCUGGACAUUGUCUAACUUUUGUCGAGGCAAAAAUCCUCAACCUGAUUGGAAUUUGAUCGUCCCUGCAUUACCAGUUCUUGCCAAACUUAUCUAUUCUGUUGAUGAUGAAGUUCUUAUUGAUGCAUGUUGGGCAAUUUCAUAUUUGUCUGAUGGUAGUAAUGAAAAGAUCCAAGCCGUCAUUGAAUCUGGUGUCUGUCGUAGACUUGUUGAACUUUUAAUGCACUCUUCUACUUCUGUUCAAACGCCCGCUUUACGUUCAGUUGGAAAUAUUGUUGCUCUUGACGGCCUCGAGAACAUUCUUAAAGUUGGUGAUUUGGAAAAAGUUGAUAGUCUCAAUCAAUUUGCAGUUUAUGUUGAGGAAGCAGGCGGUAUGGAAAAAAUUCACAAUUUGCAAACUCAUGACAACAUUGAUAUUUACAAAAAAGCAUAUCAUAUUAUUGAUAAAUACUUUGCGGAAGAUGAUGAGGAAGAUUCAAAUUUGGCUCCAGAAAUGGAUAUGAAUACAGGUCAAUUUAUUUUCCAACCAGAUUUAAAUCUACCUCAAGGAGGUUUCAACUUUGAUAAUAAUACUAAUCAACCUAUGUAG